AUGACUGGUGCGUUAAGCGUUCGCGUACUACGUAAGCUACUCUGGAUCGAGCGCUGGGAAAGUAUUUGCCGCCAGUCAACCUACUUUAGUGUGAUUGCACUCACACAGAACAGUGCCUGGGGACGCACGAAGCAAAGGCUGCGCAUCUUGCACGGUACCGGGGCGCUUGGCUCCUCAGUCGACGUGCGGUAUGCUGUUCCCAAGUGGGUACGCAUCGCGCUCGAACGUGCUAACCAGCGACCGCUUUUGCCGCUAUUUCGAGGUGGUCCAGCUUUAGUCGUCUUUGGUGAGAACGCUGACGUCUGGCUCCGAGUCACCAAGUACACAGAGCAAGCGAUUCCAGGUGCACUGCUGGUCGGGGCACGCAUCGGUGCUGUACCCGUCGUGACACGCUCGGUACUGGAGCUGCUACGUCCUUCGCGUGAAUAUGUCGAACAGCUUGUAAGUCUGCUGGAACAACCUGUGGUGGUGCUGACGGAACCACUGGAUGCAACUGUGCUUGCUUUAGAAGAAGCACUGAGUGCGAAACAGCCUCAGAGCGCAGUGCAGUGA